CUCCGCGCUCGACCGCGCUCAUAAGAGAAACAGCGUGUGUGGUUCUUGACGUGCCGCGAACCUUCGAACGUAAGUGCGGGACUAUCGUGUGAGGAAACGUUCCAGUGAUUCGCUCUUCCCGCCAUCGCAGUUACCAGCGCGACGUGCUGUUUUUCCCUGGGCUCGAUGCCCUUCACAGGCCUAUCCCAUGGCCCUUGUGUCUGCUGACUCUCGAAUUGCAGAGCUUCUCACAGAGCUCCAUCAGCUGAUCAAGCAAACCCAGGAAGAGCGAUCGAGAAGUGAGCACAACUUGGUGAACAUUCAGAAAACCCACGAGCGAAUGCAGACAGAGAACAAGAUUUCUCCUUAUUACCGGACAAAGCUCCGAGGGCUCUACACAACCGCCAAGGCCGAUGCGGAGGCGGAGUGCAAUCCCACAGCAACAUCAGCCUCCUGAUGUUCUUUGGCCUCCUGACUAUCAUUCUUUGCUUUCUGGAGUGCCAGCACCCACAAGCUUUGCCAAGGGUUUGUGGAAACAGAAUAACAGUGACCCACAGUGAAGUUGUUCCUGCUGAUCAACUUUGGAGCCUUUUCCAUAAGAAUUCACAAGAUCUGAGAUAAAGAAACUUCUGGAGAAGCUGUACGCUGUCUACUGUCUACUGCCAGCCUGGAGCCCCUGUAAAUUGGCUUCUGGAAGCCAGGCCACCGGACCACACAGGAGUGGGGACGGCUUCAGUCUUACAGGGAAUGAGUCCCUGUGACCUGGCCACACUGAGCUGGGCUAGUCUCUCUAGGCUCCUGGUUCCUCCCUUCCCUCUGUACUUGGAACAGCCCUGGAGUUUCCCUGUGUUGUUUACUCCUUACUGUAUUGGAAUGCCCAAAAGAAGUAACUUAAUGGGAAGAAGGAUUUAUUUUGGCUUCAUGCUUUGAGAGGGUUUUCUAGCGUGGAAGGGAAGGCAUGGCAGCAGGAACAUGAGACUGAUGGUUACAUUGUAUUCAGGAAGCAGAGCUCAGGCCAGAACCCAUAAGGUCUAUACCUUACCAGCCCUCUUUCUUUAGCAAGGCCCCACCUCCUAAAGCAUCCAGAAUCAUGCACAAAGCUCUAGCUAAGGACCACCUGCUCAAACACAGAGCCUGUUAGGGAGUGGUAUACUCAAAUCAGGCAUCCCUUCUUGUCAUUCAGGUCAGAGCUUUGUCAGGAUUUCUGCAGAGUAGGGCGGAGCAGUGGCCUCUCAGUGACCUUCCUUCUCAGUGGUAUCUCCACUUUAUACAACAUUGCUCUUUGUAUCUUCUGGUGGUAUUCUUUGUUUCUGUUGUUGGUUGAUUAUUUGAAAUAAGAUUUCUCUGUUUAGCCUUGACUGUCAUGGAACUUGUUUUGUAGACCAGGCUGGCCUGGAACUCAGAGAUCCACCUGCUUCUGCCUGCCAAGUGCUGAGACUAAAGAUGAGCCACCAUGCCUGACUGCUAUUUAUGCUUUUCCAGUUGAAAAUAGGGUUGGGGAUAGUGCUCAGUGCCCAGCUUGCAAGUGGCCCUUGUUUCAGUCCCUAGCACUAAAAAGAAUAUAUAGUCAUUGGUUAGUUAACAUUCUGAGACUCGUCGUUGAUGAAUCUCAGAGUGUGAAUAUCACAGGGCAUUGACAUAAACUUUGAUGUAUUGACACUGUGGUCUCUUACAUAAUAAAGACAUUCUGUGAAUAUCAGCUGUGUAAGGUAGCUGCCAGUGUCACAGUUGUUACUAUAAUCCAGUGGGAUUGUAUAUGACUGUCAGUGUAGAGCAUGUAGCAUGUUACACUGUAACAUUAAGCUGUCUCUUGUAGAAAUUUUUAAUUCCAAUCUGGGGUUUCUACCCUGCCUUUGGCCAUUUAGUUCCUGGAUAAAAGACACAGACAACCUUUAUGUUUACAAUUAAGCCUAAACAACACAGGAGCUGGGCAGAUAUCUAUCCUUGAUGCUAUUAAAAUCUACUUUCCUAUUGAAAACCCUGAGUUAUUACUUACUGUGUUUCAUCUGGGAUGCUCCUAACUCCAAUUGGCCAGCCCUGGGGCCACGUUUUCAUGACUCACCUAACCCAUGGCAGCUUCUCUCUCCUCACCUUCUCCCCUGGGGGUUCUCUUCAGACCCCCCCAAGCCUGGGAACCCUAAACCCUGCCUAUAUUUCUUCUGUUCAACUAUUGGCUGUCAGAAUCUUUAUUCACCAAUCAGAAAUAAUUUGGAUCACAUAACUCACUUAGGUCUCCCUGAGGGCUGCACUUAGCAUUAUUGUACACAAUAAAAGACCAAACCUAGAGCUGGAGAAAUGGCUCAGUGGUUAAGAGCACUGACAGCUCUUCCAGAGGUCCUGAGUUCAACUCCCAGCAACCGCAUGGUAGCUCACAACCAUCUGUAAUGAGAUCUGAUGUCCUCUUCUGUUAUUUCUGAAAACAGCUAUAGUGCACUUACAAUAAAUAAAUAAAUAAAUAAAUCUUUAAAAAAAAAAAAAAA